CUUUAAUCUCAGGAAACAGCAUUGAUUGCCAUUUACAUCCUAUAUAGUAAUCCUAUAACUCAGGAUCUAUUCACCCGAGAUCGAAGGAACAAUGGUAAGCCUCCAAUCUAUCCACGCCCACAACGCGGCACUCAAAUCCUUGAUCCCCGGUCUCGUCGCGGUGUUCGUUGGCGGUACCUCUGGUAUUUCUCUCUCUACCGCUCUGGCGCUGGCUCGUCAUACUCUCUCUCCCAAAAUCUACCUCAUCGGGCGCAGUCAGUCCGCAGCCAACGCUGCCAUCGCAGACAUUCAAACCAUCAACCCGUCUGCCCAACCCACCUUUCUUCAAACCGACAUCUCACUGCUCAAGAACGUGGACGGUGUGUGUGCUGAGAUCGCUGCCAAAGAAAAGAAACUCAACCUGCUCUUUAUGACCCCGGGAUAUAUCUCGCUGCGUGGGCGAGAGGAGACGGCGGAAGGUCUGGACCGCAAAUUGGUGCUGCAUUACUACGCACGGAUGCGAUUUAUCGCCAACUUGCUCCCCCUCUUACGUAGCGCUGCACAAGACCUCUCGGUCCCCGUCCCGGCCAGACUGUCGCGCGUCCUCUCCGUAUUCGACCCGCACGUCUCCGUCCGCGCCGGCAGCUCCGGCACGCUCGACUUUGACGACCUCAGUCUGAAGCGCACCUUCAGCCUCCAGACCUGCGGCGCCCAUGCCAGUCUGAUGGGGAAUUUCUUCUUGGAGGGCAUGGCGCAGCGAUCCCGUCAUACCUCGUUCGUCCACACGUACCCAUCUGGUGUCGCGACGGGGGUGUUGCGGGAGUUACCGGUCGGACGCCUCCUGUCGGCGGUGUUGAAGCCCCUAAUGAGCCCAUUUAUGAUCCCAAUCCAGGAGAGUGGUGAGAGGCAUUUAUUCGCAGCAACCAGUGGGAGGUUUCCGGCGCAAGCCGAGGGGGCCGCGAUGGAAGGGCAUGUCGCGGUCGGUAGCAAUGGAACGAAGGGGAGCGGUUGUUACUGGGUGAAUUGGGACGGUGAGGCUUUUCCGAUGAAUCCAAAAAUAGAAAAGACGAGGAGCGAGGAUGCCGUGGAAAACGUUAUGCAGCACACCGACGAGGUGUUCAAGCGAGUAUGCGAGGAGGGCAAGACAUAUCCAUGACUUGUCGAUCACCCGGUGAGAAAAACCCCGGUUUCACGGUGAACCGCUGUUUAUCUCGAAGAGUUUCUUUUUAAAAGGCUGUCUUUCUAAGCAUGUAUUCUCUCUACUGAAUGUCUACAUAUGUUUAAUCCUCCAGGCGAGCGCCCCGACCGAAGCAUAAAGUGACUAUCACUAUGUGUAGCUACCAUGUGUUAUAUGAAUGCGGACUACUGGAAGCAGGAACCCGAGGUCUGGACUCACCAGAAAACCUAUAGAUAGCAGAUUAGUGGCGAAGAAAGGAAUGGAGUCAAUCCAUAGAUCCAAGUUAGGGCACAAAAGUCAGUGCCUAAGCCGAGGGGUUGUAAAUGACGUCAGUGCCGACGUGGAAC